CGAGCGCUUCACCUACACUUCCUGGUGCGGCCACCAGGGGCCGCCGGGCUCUUUGUUUUGCUCUCUGGCCCGGGUCGGGGCCGAGGCCUGCAAAGCGCAUGCUCUGGGGCAGUUCGCGGCCGGGCAGGCGAGCGGAGGAGUUCCUUGCGGAGGACCUGCACCAAGGAUAAGAACAUGCCACCCAAGCGUGUAACUAAGAGAAGGUCACCCCCAGAAGAUGCCUUCCCCAAAAGCAAGAAGGUGAAGAUCUCACAUAGGUCCCACAACACAGAACCAGGCUUGGUGCUGACACUGGGCCAGGGCGACGUGGGCCAGCUGGGGCUGGGCGAGAAUGUGAUGGAGAGGAAGAAGCCAGCCUUGGUGCCCAUUCCAGAAGACAUUGUGCAGGCUGAGGCUGGGGGCAUGCACACCGUGUGUCUAAGCAAAAGUGGCCAGGUCUACUCCUUUGGCUGCAAUGAUGAGGGUGCCCUGGGAAGGGACACAUCAGUGGAAGGCUCAGAGAUGGUCCCUGGGAAAGUGGAACUGCAAGAGAAGGUGGUACAAGUGUCAGCAGGAGACAGUCACACAGCGGCCCUCACCGAGGAUGGUCGUGUCUUCCUCUGGGGCUCCUUCCGGGACAAUAAUGGUGUGAUCGGGCUCUUGGAGCCCAUGAAGAAGAGCAUGGUACCCGUGCAAGUGCAGCUGAGUGUGUCCGUGGUGAAGGUGGCCUCAGGAAAUGACCAUUUGGUGAUGCUGACAGCUGAUGGUGACCUCUACACAUUGGGCUGCGGGGAGCAGGGCCAGCUGGGCCGUGUGCCUGAAUUAUUUGCCAAUCGUGGUGGCCGGCAGGGCCUUGAACGACUCCUAGUUCCCAAGUGUGUGAUGCUGAAAUCCAGGGGAAGCCGGGGCCAUGUGAAAUUCCAGGAUGCCUUCUGUGGCGCCUACUUCACCUUUGCCAUCUCCCUCGAGGGCCAUGUAUAUGGCUUCGGCCUUUCCAACUAUCAUCAGCUUGGAACCCCAGGCACAGAAUCUUGCUUUGUACCCCAGAACCUGACGUCCUUCAAGAACUCCACCAAAUCCUGGGCAGGCUUCUCUGGUGGCCAGCACCAUACAGUCUGCAUGGAUUCAGAAGGAAAAGCAUACAGCCUGGGCCGGGCUGAGUAUGGGCGGCUGGGCCUUGGGGAGGGUGCUGAGGAGAAGAGCAUACCCACCCUCAUCUCCAGGCUGCCCGCCGUCUCCUCAGUGGCUUGUGGGGCCUCUGUGGGGUAUGCUGUGACCAAGGAUGGUCGUGUUUUUGCCUGGGGCAUGGGCACCAACUUCCAGCUGGGCACAGGGCAGGAGGAGGAUGCCUGGAGCCCCGUGGAGAUGACAGGCAAACAACUGGAGAACCGCAUGGUCUUAUCUGUGUCCAGUGGAGGCCAGCACACCGUCUUACUAGUCAAGGACAAGGAACAGAGCUGAUGAAGGGCCUGGCUCCCGGCCCCUCCACCCUUCGUCCUGGAACAGGGAAGCCGUGAUGACUACAGACUCCAGCAGGCCUCUCCCAGCCCCUAGUACUCUGUUACCUCCUGCCUUUGUCCCAUUAGCAGAACAGAAUCCUUUUCCUCCUUUUCUUCCUCCUUUCUGGAAUCAUCUUGGAACCUACUGGAUGAAUGGGAAUGGAAGAGGGGAGGGGGUUUUGUCAAGGAAUGUUGCUCCCCCAGAACUAUGUGAUUAGAUCUUUCCCCCUCAUCCCUACCUCUCAUGGUCCUGGCUGACCCUGGUUUUGCCUACGAAAACCAAAACUUCCUCCCCUGGGGGUUUGGUUCCCACACUCUGAGAAGUUAGGGCUCCAUUAAGCCCUACUCUGGUCAUAUGCCAUUCUUCUUGUCCUUGACAGUCCACAGGCAGGCAAAUGGUACAGUCAUCAGACCCAGCCCUCAUGUCAUGGACCUAUGCCUGGGGGUAACUGGAGAAGGGGCAGGGCUACCAGCCCAAGCCAAAUAUUUGGUCCUGAACAGCUGUCCAUUGUGGGGGCGGGGGGAUACAAUGAUCUUCCAGUUGAUCAAGAAAAAAGCCAACCAGCCUUUCUCCCAGAAGCACAAAGCAUUCUGCCCUGCAGUGCUUAUCCAGCCUGCCUACCUGCAACCAAGGGCCUGAAAUCUCAAAGGGAAGCUACACCUGCAGGGCAGGACAUGGGGAAAAGGGAAGGAGGGUUUUAUAAACAAAUUUAUAGCAAUAUUGAGAGUGAAGGGAGGGAGGGGAAGAGGGUUGGAGAGGCAGAGGCUGGUCCCCAGAAAGGGAAGCAGCAGCUUGUACAGUGGCUGAGAAAAUAGGAAACAAGUUUGAUUUUUUUUUUUUUAAUGUAAAGUAUUUUGGAGGGGAGAGUGAAAUCUUUUAAAAUUUUGAAUAAAUUUAGAGUUUUAUAAAACAGGCCACUUGUUUUUUACACACUCCCUGCCUUUUUAAGGGAGUACCUGCUAUGUUGGGAAGGGCAGGAUAAACCCACACCUAUCAACCUUGUCAAGACUGGGCCUUAGGUGAUAUCACGAUGUCCUGUGUGCCAGGCAGCUGGUGAUGUGGUUGUUCCACACAAAUCAUAAAGGAGUUGAUACUUGGUAUUUAUGUUUCAGGAAUCACUGGGCUUUGUUUUUUUUAUAUUAUACUUCAUAAUGAGACAUGGAAUGGAUCUUUUAACAUUCUAAUCCCAACCCAAGACACCACCACAUCUCUAGAAAUGUUAAGCUUGCUGUUACAUCAUUUUCAACAGCUGAUGUAAUUGACUAAAGAUGAUGAACCAUAAUAACUCUUAAGACAACUUAUGCAUAUUAAUGUUGAUUUUCACAGGCCUUUGAGCAACUAAAUCAUAGCAAUGUCCAAUAUGGUGGUCACUAGUUACAUGUGGCCAUUUACAUUUAAAUCAAAAUUUGUAAAAAUUUUAAGUUAACUUCCUUUAUUGCACUAGCCACAUUUUAAGUCCUCAAUAGUCACAUGUGGCUAAUGCCUAUGGUAUUGGGCUAUGCAAAUGCAGAAAUAUGAGGUCUGGCAAUUAAGUUUGCAAACUAGCCACCAUGCGCUUAUAUUGGCAGCACUGUACAAACAGCUCGGUAAGGUUUCAUAACCUUGGUGUAUCAGUGUCUCACAGCUGUGUUUGUGUU